AUGCCUUUGAACUUAAAUUCUGUUUACCCGGCAACUUUGCCAGGAUUUCAAUCCUUUCCUAGUAGGAGAAGUGUUGUGCAUAGUACCCAAGGCAUGGUUGCUUGCAGUCAGCCUUUAGCAGCAAGAUGCGGUCUUAAAGUUUUAGACGCUGGUGGCAAUGCAGCUGAUGCAGCCGUAGCUAUUGCCGCUGGCUUGAAUUUGACCGAACCUAGCUCAACUGGAGUUGGGGGUGAUAUGUUCUGCUUAUUUUAUGAUGCCAAAACAAAGAAGAUUUCUGCUAUGAAUGGCUCUGGUUGUGCAGGCAUGAAGUGCACGCUUGAAGCUGUACGGAAAGACCUUGGUAUGAAAGAUGGAGAUACAGGAAAACUUCCGCUUCGCAGUGUCCAUGCCGUUACCGUCCCAGGGGCUGUUGCCGGCUGGGUUGAUACCGUUGAAAGAUUUGGCAGCGGAAAAGUAUCUUUGGAGCAGAUUUUGACACCUGCCAUAGAAUUGGCAGAGAGAGGAUUUCCGGUUUCGGAAAUUGCAUCAACUAUGUGGAGAGCGGGCGAGAAAGAAGUAAAAGAGGCAUCGCCAAACUAUGCCGAGCUCCUCAAAGAAGACCCAAGCGCGGAAAAUGGCUGCCGGGGACCAAAACCUGGCGAAAUUGUCAAGAAUCCCUGUCUUGCAGACACAUUUCGAACCAUUGGCAAAGAAGGCAAGAAAGGCUUCUAUUCUGGUAGGAUUGCUGAAGCCAUCAUCAAAGCCACAAAUGACCGUGGAGGAUUCCUGGAACUAGAUGAUUUAAAAAGGGUUAUUGAAAAGGGCAGCGAACCUGUGGACCCUAUUUCCUAUGUUUUUAGCGGCCAAGGAUAUUCUGAGACCAAAACAAAAUACGUAGAUGGGAUCUCUGGUCAAGGACAGAACGAAGGUGCCCACGGAGUGGAGAUAUGGGAACAUCCACCAAACGGUCAAGGAAUUGUGGCACUCAUGGCUCUCGGCAUACUGGAGGCACUUGAAGAGGACGGCAAGAUCCCCUGCUUCACCCAAGAUCAACACAACUCCGCCGAGUAUCUCCAUGCAGUCAUCGAAUCCCUUCGAAUAGCCUUCGCAGACGCAAGUUGGUGGGUGGCAGACCCAAAUCAUUCGAAGGUCCCCUCUGCAGAACUCAUCUCCAAAGCCUACCUCGCUGAUCGAGCCAAGCUCUUCAACCCCAGCAAAGCUUCAACGGAGAUCUACGACCGCGGCAGCCCAGCCCACAACCAUAGCGACACUGUCUAUUUCGCUGUCACCGACAAAGAAGGCAACGCUAUUUCGUUUAUCAACUCAACCUUCCACAGCUUUGGCUCAGGAAUUGUACCCAAAGGCUGCGGGUUCACCUUGCAGAAUCGUGGAGGCAAUUUCAGCUUAAUUCCGGGACAUCCAAACGUCCUUGCUCCGGGGAAGAGACCAUACCACACCAUAAUCCCUGCCAUGGUCACUAAUGCCCACGAUGGAAGCCUACAUUCCGUCUACGGUGUUAUGGGCGGGUUCAUGCAACCACAGGGCCACGUGCAAGUUCUUCUCAACAUGCUUGCCUUCAAGUAUAAUCCACAAGCCGCUCUAGACGCGCCAAGAUUCUGCAUCGGCGCUGAGCAUAUGCCUGGAGAUCCUUUUGAGAGGAAGGUUUUCCUCGAAGAGGGUAUUAGCGAGGAUGUUUGCGAGAAGUUGAAGCAGAUGGGCCAUCAAGCAGAGAUUGUAGGGGGUUAUGGUAGGGGCGUUUUUGGACGUGGUCAGAUUAUUAGGAGCCAUGAGGAGGACGGUACGACAGUUUACUCUGCGGGAAGUGACCCGAGGGGAGAUGGCGCUGCGUUCCCUGGUUAA